AUGUGUCCGACCGCAUCGUCACUGACGCACAACAAGAAAUGUUCCGAGUUUAAGGAGAUGAUUGAGUUUGCCAUCAAGAAUGCUGAGGCCAUCAAGAGCUUUGGACCCGGGCUGGGACUCGUGGGCCACUUUGUGGAAAUGAUGGCCGCUGCCCAUUGUUACGUGCAUGAGAUGGAUGUUGACAUGCAGCGAUUGCUUUUGAAGAGGAAGUGGUUUCUUACAUUGUGCCAUGAUGUGUGGGAGUCUAAGAACAAGGAGGUUUUAGGAGUUUCCCUUGGAUUCUACAGCAUUGGAAGGAAGAGACACUUCUUGAUUCCCAUUGCUCUGCAUGUGAUAGAUGACAAGUGUGCUGAGCCGACUGCUGAUUUGGUGGAGAACAUCCUUGCUGCCACUGGGAUUGACAAAGAGCAGAUCCACAAGGCUUGUAACGACACAUGCUACACUGCGCUCAAGGUUGGUAGGCUCCUCGCAGGAGAGAAUAGGGUGUGCACCAUGCACCAGAUACAGUUGUACAUGGAUCAUGUCAUGUGA